UUCUACCUCAUCAUGCUCAGUCUCUGGAUAGGCAACUUCACCGCCUACUUCAACGAAACGACCGCAACGACCGCCAUGCACAUCAUUGGCGCAGACUUCAAUGACCUCGCAAACCAGAACUGGAUUGCCACCUCCUACCUCCUCGGCUUCACCGUCACACAGACAUUGCUCGGCAAAUUCAGUGAUAUUUUCGGCCGUGCAAAAGUAUUUAACGCCACGAUGUUUAUAUUUGGGGCAGGGACGCUCUGGUGUGGACUCGCCAAUUCCAUGAACUCCCUAAUCGGGGCACGGCUUCUACAAGGAAUCGGUGCUGCUGGUAGGCAGUCCGUCGGCGUUAUUGUCAUAUUGGACCUCACUACACCGGACACACGCGGUCUCUGGCUCGGUUUUUUCAAUCUUGCUUCAGCCAUUGGUUUGGCUAUUGGCCCCGUGCUCGGUGCCGUACUCUCUGUUGACGCUGACUGGAGAUGGAUUUUCUGGAUCACUCUCAUGCUCAUAGGCCUUACGUUGGCUAUCGGGACAGCGAGCCUUCGUUAUCCUGUUCCCCAUCGUAAGCAGAGCAUAGGUCUCCUCGCGCAGCUCAAAGAGGUCGAUUAUAUAGGCUGUGUCCUCUCUGUUGCGAUCUCGAGCAUGAUAUGCAUUGCUAUAGAGAUGGGAAACAAGAUGUUUCCCUGGAAGUCCGCGCCCAUUAUCACAUUGUUCGUCGUCGGGGGACUCCUCAUUCCCGUCUUUGUCUAUUAUGAGCUACGAGUGGCAGAGCAACCCGUCGUUGACAUCCGCCUAUUCAGCAUCCCCAACAUUCCCAUCACCUGUCUCAUCAACUUUCUCACUGGAGCAGGUUACUUCGGCUCCGUCUUCUUUCUCCCUCGCUACUUUAUAGAUAUUAAAGACUCCGGCCUGGUUCUGUCUGGUCUCCAAAUGUUUGGACUUAUCCUAUCCCUUGGUUUUGCAUCGGUCGUAGGCGCCAACAUUCUUUCUCAGACUGGACAGGUUCGGCUCGUGGGAGUCGUUGGUGGUGCUCUUUACGCUCUUGGAAGUGGUCUGAUGUUUCUGGUCGGCCGCUCUACUCCAGCCGCAACAGUUAUCGGAUUUUCCGUCAUCACAGGGUUCGGAUCUGGUAUACUCUACCAGCCCUCCCUCGUAGUGGGACCCAUGUCAGUCAAACCCAAUCAGGUAGCGGGCAUAAGCGGCUUCCUCUCCUUCCUCCGCACCCUCGGAGGCACGUUCGCCACCGCUCUCCUCACCGCUAUAUUUGAGACGAGCUUCACGAACCAGUUGCGCGGAAAGCUCCCCGAUUCGCUCGUCAACCAGGGCCUAGGACUUGCCGAUAAUCAUGCUCAGUAUCCUCAGUAUAGUGAUCAGAUUCUCAAUGCGCUUGUGAAGGGUUAUCAUGUUGGCACAGCCCCGGCGGUUGCUUUUGGCGUCAUUUAUGCCAUUGCGGUACUUUUUCUUCGCAAUGUGGAUUUUGUACCGUUAUGGCGAAGACGACGGUUGGCCGCAAAGGAGGAAACCGAGCGAUCAUGAACUUCUUGGAUAUUUUGGACUUUUUUUGGAGGGACUUUUUCCUUUUAAUUUUAUUAACCGCGUUAUAUUAUCCCUCAUUCCAUCUUGGGCCCGUUUUUCAUGCAAUUUCCCUCUCCUAAUCUCAUCUAAUGGACUCAAGCAAUCUGACAGUGGCACGAUGGGUUUAUUGAUCUCCUAUUCGUAACUAUAAUGUGCAGGCAUAUGACACUUCUCGGACGCAUGGCACUCCUUCAGACCUCGAGGCCCGAAGUCGAAGGGGUUUUUUUAUUAUUAUUCAAAGAUAGAAAGAAACGGAAGACUUGGUCGUGUACGAUUAAUCUCUGAUUGUAGAUUGGAUGAUCAGAUUAAAAUAAUCGAUUCGCUUGGUUAUCUU